UUUUAAUUAAAAUUUUCUUUUUGUUGACAAACAAUAGAUAAAAAAAUUUAGCAGUAUAAUUUAAAUAUAUAAAAAUGAUAUUCAUAAAAUCAAAAUAAGUAAAAUUUUAGUUUUGAAUUUUCCGCCUUAGAUGCAAUGUGCAACGCCGACAGAAGAGGGUGUCAUCCAAUAGAUGGUAAUCGUAGGGUAAGAACACCAUAUUAACCCUUUAUUCAUGGGUCAAACGGACUUCGCCCUUCAGUUACAGUUUGCCAUUUCGUUUUACUUCUUAACGCAUUUUUCUACACAUGAUUCGAUUUGCAUCGGUUGUGUAGAAAAGUGUACGAUUAAACAAAUAGAGAGAAAGGGAAAAAUGAAGGGUGUUAGGAAAAAAAGGAACAGAGCUGCCGAACAACACGACAUAUCUAUGUUAUGUUGACGUUCGCAUGACUUUUCUCGAAAACACGCAUUUACGUUUCUUGGCCCGUGAUAUACCAGCCUAAAUGUGACCUGUACUUAACAAUCCAUUUGUCUGACAUAACCUCAAAUUUCCUGUGAUUAUACUUCGCUUCAACAACAUCGAGGCAUAAAUGUUAACUGUGCCAAAUGUGUAAAACAAGAUCUUCAUCGUCGAAACAGAUGCUUAGAAGUCCUCAUAACUCUUUGCCACACGUAAGUUCCGGACUCAGACUUGUAUGAUGUAAGGGACUUUUUAGUAUGCUGGAUAAGCGGCGACUCCAUGCCUCCGGUACGUCGCCUUGCACUCUGAUUUUUGUGGUCGCUUUGGCACUGACUGGAUGCUUCUCCUUCUGGCUUCACAUCGACAAUUCCGGUUCACCGACGCCAUACAGCAGUGGCGUAUCGGCACCAGGAUAUCUAUUAAUCUUACCCGGAAACGUGACACCCUCUCCGCAGCCAUACUUAUUACACGAACUUCCGUUCGGUGACAAAUCAACUCUUAUUGAUAUAAAAGACUUUCGGUUCACAAUCAACAAUGAUCCAUGUAACGGGACACAUCUAUUAUUAUUGAUGUUGGUUCAUUCGGCUCCAGAGAAUUUCGUGAAGAGAAAUGUAGUCAGGGAAACCUGGGGCCAGCAAUCGUCAAAUGUGGCGCUCCUCUUCUUCGUUGGCUCAUCUGAUGAAUACCAAACGAUGUUGGAGGAGGAAAAUAGAAAAUACAAAGAUUUGAUACAAGGCAACUUUCUCGAUGCCUACAGAAACAUGACUUAUAAGCAUGUGAUGGCAUUGAAAUGGGCUACGUAUCAUUGUCCAAGUGCCAAAUAUAUAUUAAAAUUAGAUGAUGAUGUUUUUGUUCAUAUACCUGCCAUGUUGGAUUUCUUGACGCGUGAUCUAUCACCAUGGGGAGCCAGGCGAUUGAUCCUUUGCGAUCUUCAUCCCACAGGUACCGUGAAGAGAUCUUGGCGAUCUAAGUGGAGAGUCUCCCCUCAAGAAUAUCCUGGUAGACAUUAUCCUGCAUAUUGCGCAGGAUGGGCUAUAUUGUACUCUCCUGAUAGCGUAUUUCUUUUGUAUCGUGAAGCGCAAAAAGAGCCAUACUUCUGGAUAGAUGAUGUUCACAUUACCGGGACAUUAGCUAGGAAAGUAAAUUUAACACAAACUUCUCUGCAUUAUUUAAUGCUAACUAAUGAGAACAUGCAAAAUCUUCUAUCUAAUCCCAGUUCUCGUAGAGAGUUUCUAUUCGGACCUCCAAAUCUCACAGAAAACGAAAUAAGAGCCUUACAGAAUCUGGUCAUUAAACCACGGCCUAGCAGCGAAAGCCUAGUAAAUUGAAAUAUUUCGGAUAUACGAAAUAAAUUUAUGCAUCUGUGAUCGUUUUUAUUUUUAAGUCCAUUUUUUGGAUAAGAAAACUUUAUCGCAAGUUAUAUUAUUUCUUUUUCUACUUCAAUAAUCUUUAAUAAAAACAAGAUUAAAAAUUAAUCAUCGCAACAGAAUUUUUUUCAUCUCAAGAAAUAUAAAAAUCUCGGAAAUAAAAAUAGG